AAUUGCCUCAUAAAGCUGCGCUUACUUUCUUAAGGAUUUACUUAUCCCCCUACACUUGUUAAUUAAAGGAGUACCUCUAUGCUAAACUACACAUUUUUUUUUCAUUUUCUUAAUUUCAUGCCCAAGCCCAUUAUUGUAGUAGAAAAGAAUUGAUAAAAUAUUUGUCAUUAUACCCUUAUUUUUAUAUUAUCUUUAAUAUCUUUAAUUAUCUAUUAAUAAAAUUUAUAAAAAGUUGAUAUAAAGUUAAUAUUGCAAUGGUUGUUUCAAUCUCUAAUAAGUGAGCGCAUAUUGACCGGUAUUGUCAACUAACAUAUCAGUAUAUCACUAUAAUAAAAGUUUAAAAAUAAAAUAAAGUAGAUAUUGAGUGGCCACAAAUGUAAAGAAGCUGUCAUUGAAAAUGUUGGCUACUUUAGUAGAUUUGCAACAGUUCAUUAGAUUUAUCGUAUGGUUUUGGCAAAUCUCAAAAAUCAGGUUUUUUUUUAAUUUUAUUUUGUGAUUUUAUAUGUGAAUCAUAGCCGUAGAGUGAAUAUACACUAUAGUAGUACUUAUAAUAGAUUCCCAGUUAUAAUAGAUCCCUAAAAGAUAUUUUUUUUUGGUUUUGUCAUAGCCGUAGAGUGAAUAAACUCUUAUCUCUUAAACUCUAAAUUUUAUUAUCUCUCAAACUCUAAAUUUUAUUAUCUCUAAAUUAAUAAGAUGACAUGGCAAUUCUAGGUGGCGCGCUCUAUGCUCCCGAAAAGUUCUUCUUUUAUAUAUAUAUAUUGAUUGAUUUCUAUAAUGUUGCACCCUUCGUCCCAAACUGUGUGCCACUUUUGUUUAUUGCAUGUUGACGCAAAUUCACUUAUUUUAUAUGACCUGCAAUAAUACAAUCUAUAGCAUAUAAGAUAGCAAGUGUCCCUUCUAUUAAGAUUUUAUUGCUAUUAUUAUGCUUUUGUUGAGUUAAGCUUCUCAAAUAUUCUCAUCAUAUAAUUUUCUUCAAAUAAAAAUUCUGUUAUUGAAAUUGUCCCGGUUUUCCUUUUAAUUUAUUUUUGUCCGUUUAUCAACUCCACUAACCAAAAUAUUAGUGGAGCAAUCUUAAACGGAAAUAGGGAGUCAUAAUAAGAAUAUCUAUAUACUUUUUUCUCUUGGCGAGAAGAUGGCAGUUGAGUGGAAUUCCAUGUAAGCAUGAAAAAAGUCAUAAUACAUGUUCAAAAGAACUCAUCUGGCUUUGUGAGUGAGUGGUUCUCAGUUGCUAGGUACAAACAAGCCUACAAUGCAAUAUAUCAUCUAUGCCAGAUCUUGAACAGAGUGGCUUGCUAUGGAUGUGCCUACCUUGAUCCUACCAACAAUGAAAAGGUCGGUAGGCAGGCCUUCCAGAAAUAGAAGGGAAGAAGGGAGCAGAAAAAAGGUAAGAGGUCUUGUAGGUGGAAGAGGGAAAAACAAACGCUUUUGGACUCCGGAAGAAGAUAAAGCUCUUGUAGCUGCUUUGUCUGACUUAGCUUCUGAUCCCCAUUGGAAAUGUAACAACGGCUUUAGGAAUGGUUACAUGACUCGCUUGGAAGAGCUCAUUGGCAAGGCUAUUCCUGGAUGUGGUUUAAAGGCUUUACCACACAUUGAUUCUAGGCUCAAAACACUUGUGACCAAGUUCAGAGCUAUUGUUCAAAUGCUAAACACGAGUGGAUUCAAGUGGGAUGAUGAGAGACACAUGAUUUCUGUGGAGAGGACAGUCUAUGAUGAGUAUUGCAAGAUUCAUCCAAACUGCAAAAACUUGUAUGGACAUAUUUUUCCUCAUUUGAAUGCAAUGGUGGAGAUUUAUGGCAAGGAUUAUGCCAUCGGAAAACCGACCGAGGGUUUUGUUGAUGCUAUUGAAAAUAUGGAGAAAUCUGCUCCUGUGCAAGUUAUGGUUGAUUCAAGUGAUGAUGAUGAUGAUGAUAAUGAUGAUGUACUAUUGCUAGUAGUAGUGGAACUCAAACGGUUGAAUCUGCCCCUCCAUCAAAGAAAGUGAAAAGAGAAAACACUUCUAAGCGAAGUAGGAAAGAAAGUGAAAGUGGUGCUAGUUCUGAAUUAGCUAGCUUGCAAUCUUUUAUGAAAGAUAUGAAUGUUCAUCUCUCCACCAUGGCUAAUGUGAUGUCCCGUGCGGAUGAACGUGAGCAACAAGUAGCUGAAAAGAGUGAAAAAGUGCUAGAUGAACUACUCUCUUUGGAAGGUGUAAGACCCCAACAAGCUUUGGAAGUAGCUCAAAUCUUAACUGCACAACCACACAAGUUGUUGAUUUUUUUCAAGUGUCCAGAUGCUUUAAAAGACAUAUUUGUCAAAAGUCUUCUUGGUAGAAAUGAUGGCAAUGCAUGAGUCUAUGGAAGACUACUAUUAAUUGCAUUGUAGUUUUUGAACACUUUGUUAUGGUUGUUUGUAGGCCAAUGUUAUUUGUUUUGGACAAGUAUUUUGUGGUAUUUUUAGCGUGGCUAAGAAAUGUUAUUUUGAACUAGUAAUUGUAUUUGGAGUACAUUAAAACUUUGUUAUGUUUAUUUGUAGACAUGUUUUGUGUUUUAGACAAGUGUUUUGUUGUGGUUUUAGUUGGUAUUAACAUUGCUAAAAAAAUGGUAUUUUGAUCAUAAGCAAAUUUCAAAAUGGUAUUGUUCAAAUAGUAUUUUGAACUUUAUAUUAUAAAACAGCUUGAAUGAAUACAAUCAUAAGUCAAAACAUCUAUAAUUAAUAAACUGGUUGAUUCCAUUUCUUAAAAAACCAAACAGUCACAAAAGGAAU